GGUGCUCAACAACAGCUGCUUUACCAGAAACCAGAACAGAAGGCGUCAAAGUUGGCGAUGUGACAAAUACGCGAACUAAACCUGUGGGGUUUAAUAGUUGAGUGUGUAUAUGAGGGUGCGCGCGCCCCUCGGCUUGCCCAUGGUGUUGCUUUGACGUGUGGUGCAGUCUCUUCACAGCAACAAUCCUUCUUUUCCUGCCAUCAUCCUGCCUGCACAGGAGCACCAUGGCAAUGUGGAUCCAGGCCCAGCAGCUGCAGGGGGAGGCACUGCACCAGAUGCAGGCACUGUAUGGCCAGCACUUCCCCAUUGAGGUGCGACACUAUCUGGCCCAGUGGAUUGAGAGCCAGCUCUGGGAUUCGGUGGAUUUAGAUAGCCCAGCAGAGGAAGCCAAAGCCAAGCGUCUGCUGGACAAUUUGGUGGCAGAGCUGCAGAGGAAAGCCCAGCUUCAGGGAGGAGAAGAUGGCUUUCUGCUCAAAAUCAAGCUAGGCCACUAUGCCACCCAGCUCAAGAGCACUUAUGACCGUUGUCCUCUGGAGCUGGUCCGCUGCAUUAAACACAUUCUGCACUCAGAGCAGCGGUUGGUUCAAGAAGCCACAAAUGCCAGCUGUGAGACUGCGGGCCAGGCUAUGGACAGCCUGUCACAGCGGCACCAGCAGAUCAACCAGGCCUUUGAGGAACUUCGCCUGGCAACACAGGAGACUGAGAAUGAACUGAGAAAGCUGCAGCACAGCCAGGAGUACUUUAUCAUCCAGUACCAGGAGAACCUGCGCAUCCAGGCCCAGCUGAGCAGCCUGUCAUCACUGCCUCCAGCUGAGCGCACUCAGCGGGAGACCACCUUACAGAACAAGAGGGCCACUGUGGAGGCCUGGCUCACAAGAGAGGCCAGCACACUACAGAAAUACAGGCUUGACCUUUCAGAGCAACACCUGAAGACCCUGGGCCUGUUGAGGAAGCAGCAGACUCUAAUCCUUGAUGAGGAGCUCAUCCAGUGGAAGAGGAGGCAGCAGCUUGCUGGAAACGGUGGCCCUCACGAGGGGGGACUAGAUGUCCUCCAGUCAUGGUGUGAGAAGCUGGCUGAUCUGAUCUGGCAGAAUCGGCAGCAGAUCCGGCGCUGUGAACAUCUAACCCAGCAACUUCCCUUGCCGGGCCCAAUGGAGGAGCUACUGAGCAAGCUCAACAGUGACAUCACUGAUAUCAUCUCUGCGCUGGUUACUAGCACCUUCAUCAUUGAAAAGCAGCCUCCCCAGGUGUUAAAGACGCAGACCAAGUUUGCAGCCACUGUGCGCCUUCUGGUGGGUGGAAAACUCAACGUCCACAUGAACCCACCGAUGGUCAAGGCCGUCAUUGUCAGCGAGCAGCAGGCCAAAGCUCUGCUAAAGAAUGAGAGCACACACAGUGAAAGUAGUGGAGAAAUUCUUAACAACAACUGUGUGAUGGAGUAUCACCAGGCCACUGGAACCCUCAGUGCACACUUCAGAAACAUGUCUCUGAAACGGAUCAAGCGUUCUGACCGUCGUGGCGCAGAGUCGGUAACGGAGGAGAAGUUUACAGUUCUGUUUGAAUCCCAGUUCAGUGUCGGCGGAAAUGAGCUCGUCUUCCAUGUCAAAACCCUGUCACUGCCUGUCGUAGUGAUUGUCCACGGCAGUCAGGACAACAAUGCCACAGCUACAGUGCUGUGGGACAAUGCCUUUGCUGAGCCGGGCAGAGUGCCAUUCAUUGUGCCUGACAAGGUGCUGUGGCCCCAGCUGUGUGAGGCCCUCGAUAUGAAGUACAAGGCAGAGAUGCACAGUGGGCGUGGCCUGUCAGAGGACAACCUGGUCUUCCUGGCACAGAAGGCAUUUUCAAGUAGCAGUAACAACCCAGAGGAUUACAAAAGCAUGACCAUUUCCUGGGCUCAGUUCAACAGGGAGAGCUUACCUGGACGCAGUUUCACCUUCUGGCAGUGGUUUGAUGGAGUUGUAGAGCUCAUGAAGAAGCAUCUCAAGCCGCACUGGAAUGAUGGGGCCAUCCUGGGCUUUGUAAACAAGCAGCAGGCUCAGGACAUGUUGCUGUCCAAACCCAACGGCACCUUCCUGCUGCGAUUCAGUGACUCUGAGAUUGGAGGCAUCACCAUCGCCUGGGUGGCUGAGAAUCCCAACAAACCAGGGGAGAGGCUGGUGUGGAAUCUGUUGCCUUACACUACCAAGGAUUUCUCCAUCCGCUCCCUGGCUGAUCGCAUCAGUGACCUGAACCACCUCUUGUUUCUUUACCCUGACCGGCCCAAAGAUGAGGUUUUUGCCAAGUACUACACUCCUCCGCUCUCAAAAGCAGUGGAUGGAUACGUGAAACCACAGAUCAAACAAGUUGUGCCCGAAUUUACCACCCCAAACCCUGAACCCAGCGGAUCAACUCCAUCAUUCAUGGACCAGACAGCGUCUUCCUCUGUGAGCCACCCCAACAACUUCACUGUUUUCCCUCCCAUGAGCGACACCAUGUUAGAUCCAGAUGGAGACUUUGACCUAGAGGACACGAUGGACGUGGCCCGUCACGUUGAGGAGCUGCUCCGCAGGCCCAUGGCUAACCAGUGGAGCAGCCAGCAGUCUUGAACCUGCUACACAACGUCAGGUCUUCUUUGUCCUAUCCAACAGAAACACCCACACCUGUAAUACUAUCUGAACUGCAACCAGGGCAACACAUGUUCUAUAUCUUGGGUCAUUUUGACAGAUUCACUUUAUAAUUCUCCACUGACCACAAGUUGUAGGUGCCUGUAGAAGAGCUGGACAGUUUAGGUUAUGAAGAGGCGACUAAGGGCGCUUUCACACCAGGAUAGUCCAGGGGUCUCAAAAACGUUCACAGCUUCGUUUAGUUUAGUUCGCUUUCAGACUGCAACUUUUGUAAGUGGAUCGAACCGCAUGGAUAACGUCACACAGUUACAACACCUGCUUUCCAGAAAUGAGCACCAGAAGUUGCCCAGUAUGAGCAGCAGGUGAGGCAGCGAGCUGUUAAUCAUGUUGCUCUGUACAUGGGACGAAUGCAGCAGUACCAAAAACGACGUGCCAAGCAUGGAUUUAGAGGAUUUCAGAUCAUAUAAAUGUCAUAAAUCAUUUCAUACACGCCUUCUCUUUGGCUCUCUUUGGUUCACUGGAUAGUCCGUUUCCCGUUGUAAAACGCCUUUUACACUGUAAGAGAGGCCCACGUUUUCAGGUGGACCAGAAUUCCCUUGUUUGGUCCACACCAGAGUUGAAGACAAAUUCUGGUCCUUUCUGAAGUGGGCCAAACAGCUCCGGUGUGAAAGCGCCCCCUGUCUCUCUGUAGAUAAUUCACCUGCUUUACAGAGUCAGUGUUACAGGUAUUUAACAGAGGCACGUCGUCUUAAUGUCCUUUCAAAUGUAUCAUAGUUUCUCAGGGUUGUCAGGUGGCGAUGUUUUGGGUCAAUGGGAUUUUCAUAUAAAACUGAGACAUACAGUUAGUUUGUAUGUAAGCUUCGCAUUCAUAUGUGCCUGAUGAGCUUCUAGCACCAUAAACAUGUCUACAUUGCUUCUAUUCAAAUUCUUGCCAUUUUACACAUAGUAGUAACCAGAAAAUCUUGAAGAAAAACAAAUCUGAAAUUGAGACUAUGUAACCUAUGCUGAACAUUAGCCACUGUGAACACCAGCAGUAUUUACAGGAUGAUGAUGGGAAGUAGAAGUUCUAUACAUUGUCAAACUUGAGUCAUUUACUUUAAAGGUUAAAAAAAUACUAGUAGGAAUCUACAAAUAUGUGUCUCAGAUAUGUGCAUCAGAGCUGCUGCUUUGUCAUUAAUUCUCCGGGAAAAGGAGGUUUUACACAAACCUGCCCUCAUCUUAAAAUCUAGUGGAAAUAUGCUGUGUUCACAUCAUGGUACGGUUCGGUUUGGUACAGUGCGGUAUGGUUUGGAAUGGUAAAGUCCUGGGUCAGACUGCGGGCGUGUGGGAUAUUUACACUGAUUGAAACGGAGUGAGUGUUUUUCUGUCGCCCCAUACAGCUGACUGUCCUGGUUGGACCCACCCUGACUGUACCAUUUUACUCUGGUACACCAAGGGAAGGGAACCAAAGAACGGAACGGUUGUGGCUGGUUAUUUUGGUACUAUUUGUAAUCCUCUUCUUAAGCCAUUUACUCCUCCAGACAAAUGUUCUCCAUCUCACUGCCGUAGACUAAGACCUUGUCUUGGUGGGGAGGCUGAUAGGUUCAACCAUACCGGACAGGUCUUAUGGGAGGAGUCAGACGAAUGCAGUUGGGCGUGAGGCUAACUACUAACCCUGUAAAAAAGAGACAGUUAUGAAAACAUUGACUUUUUUUAAUGGACACACAAAUAAACGUACCAUACUGUAGAGAACCGAACCUGUCCACUCAGUGGAAACACAGCUUUUGCAACUUGUACUGGCUCAUGAACAUUUUUUUGAUGCUAAUAAUCCAAAGUAAAAUAAAAAAAAAAAUAUUGAGAGUUGUAAAAACUUUAGUUUUUACAUACAUUCAUUUAUAACAGCUAUACUAAUGAAUGGAAUAUAUAUUUUUAGACUCUCUGAAGAAGGUCAGACCAGGUCCUAGCAUCUUUCUCAUGUGAACUACACAAAAAUGGGUUGAAAAAUGCUACACACCUGACCCAAGGCAAUUUCUCUAUCUCUGAAACUCUCCAUUGAUAUCGGUGUGUUGUCUUGCACUUGUUCUGACUUUUUUUUUUUUCCUUUAAUAGCAUCAUUUCCUACUUCAGUUUAAUUUCGUUGACUAUUAGUUUGAUUAUCCUUGUCUGUGUAUGCUUAAGUUGUGGCCUAACCUAUAAUUUUCCACACGGGGCGAUAUGGAGUGGUCAGGUAGGGUUAUAUAGGCCCAGGUGCACAGGCAGAGUAAUCAGGCACAGGUGACGGUGAUCACAUGGAUUUUACCGCUCCACACUCUCAUGAACAACUUCUCCAUGUUGUAUCAAUUCCAUAUUAGAAUUUUUUUAUUAUUAUUAUGCAAACAAAACCUGCCGGGAAACGGGAACCUCACCCAGAGUUAAUCAGUGUGUGGACACCAGACAUUGAUGUGUGUAACAAACAAUCUCCACCAGACACCCAGCCAAGUGACGACAAGGCACAGGUUAGUCACUACACUUUUGUCAUGGGACAAAUUUCUCCGGGGCUGGACAUAGAUGAUGUGCAGAAGUCUAGUUUUUGCUCAGACGGCGUGAUUAAGAUUAUGUGGAAAGAUCAUUAUAUUCUUGCCAAUAACACAUGCUUUAAAAUGUUUUUUCUUCAUAAUUAAACCAUGUUUUAAUAGAGAUUAAAUUAUAUAAUUUCAGUCUACAAGGUCCAGCACCCAAAUAUCAUACUUUUUCUGAGAAUAAUUAAUAUUAAGCAGUAUUAUGCCAAGUUCUCUCAUUGUAGUCGCGUUUAAUUUAGUGUGCAUAUGUGUUUUUGAACUACUAUCCUAAGUGACACAGCAGCAGCAUCAGUUGUGAUUAUUCAGAGUUUUAAAAUAUUCUAUUACACAAUAGUUCAGUCCAUUUAAAAAGUCUAAAGGACAGCAAAUGCACUUCAUAGUAGUUCAAAGUUGAAACUUGCAGCGAAACUCAAGUGUGUUCCUCACAAGUUCACGUUUUUGUUUGAUUUCUUUUUUUGGAGGUUACAUAGUCCAGCUUUUACAAACGAUACUGAAAUCUCAUUUGAAUCUGUGACUGCUGCUGUGGUGGUGCUUGCUUUCUGUGUAAUGCUUUUUAUUGAACGGCUUCUGUUGCAGCCACUCUCGGUCGUUCUCGUUAUUCUCUGCUAACACAGCAAGACAGUCGCGUGGUUUUAGGUGCUAUAUUUUGAUCUCACAAUGUCAAUCACCUAUGAUUGAUUGAAACACUUGGAUAAGUAUUGUUAUCAGAUUGUGUUCAACACAGUCACUCAAUUUGUUUUUACUUUUACCUAGUGUGAUUAUGUUAAAACAUGUUUCUGUGCCUUACCAGACAGCAGCUCUGCAGGGCUACAACUAAGUUAUUCAGGAAGUCAUUUCUAAUGGGUUGCCUGGUGCACAAAUGUGAAACUGUAGUGUUAACAUCACAACUGUUUUACAGUUUCAGAAAGCCCAAAGCGAUGUCAGUCUUUCAAUUGCUUGUUUUUCCCCAACCACCUGUCCACAAUUUAAAAAUAUUCAGGUUUAAUUUUGUACUUAAUGGCAUAAAGACUCUCAAAUAUGUGUAUUGUUUUGCAUGAAAAGGGAAUUAUAAUUAUCAGCUGAUUUAAACUUUUGUUGUUUUACUAAUAAGCACUUCAGCUGUAAUAUUGUGUACAGCAUUUCAUCUGCUUCAAUAUAAAGAUAAACCAUUAACCUUAGCUGUAUAAUCAUCUGCCUCAACCCCUUUUUUCUAGCUCAGUUUUCCUCACAUAACCUUCAGUAAAUGCACUUCUCAGAAGCUUCUUGUGUGUAGAUACUCAGGAUGUGUGCCUUUUUUGUUGGGAGACAGCACCAUUCAAAGUAAUCUUUAUUUAACGGAAUGUUUAGUCUCUUUAGUAACCACAACUCACCAACGAUGAAAUGAAGUCGGUAAACCUCAGGAAAAGUCACUGUGAAAUAAAGGUAGAGUCCAAAUCAGCCAAAUAAUAUCUGAUUUAACUAUAGAUGAUAACUUUUGUGCCACUUUUGCCUCUUACACUUAAAUACAAGCUGAAACUGAUCAUGUAUAGAUAAGUGAACAAGCACUUUGUUGCUCACACCAGCAGACAGUUUUUUUGUUUAUUUUUGCUAAUGCAGUACUUCCGCUGUACGUCCUUGAAUCAACUUUACGUAUGUAUGUGUGCAUCUGUGUGAUUCAGCUCACUGCUGCCGUGUGUUUGCUACUGUCUGUAAUGUCUGUUUUCUGUUUGGGAAUUUCCGAUUUAUUUCCUCUUUGUGCUACAUUUUACUGGAAGUUUUGAUGUUUGGAUUGGACACAGAAAUAAAAGGUUUUUUUGUUUUUUAA